AGACAUGGUGAGGGGAGUGAGGAUGCUGUGUCCUGCUUGGCUCUUGGCUCUGGCUGUUCUGUGUGCGGGUGGAUCUGAAGUCAGAGCUCAGUGUUGGGAGGACGCCCGCUGCAGAGACCUCACCACUGAUGAGAACAUCUUGGACUGCAUACAGCUAUGCAGAUCUGAUCUGACAGAUGAAACCCCUGUCUACCCUGGAGAAAGCCAUUUGCAGCCUCCCUCUGAGCUGGAGCAAACCGAGGUCCUCGCACCCCUGUCCCCAGCGGCCCUCGCUCCUGCUGAGCAAAUGGACCCCGGGUCCAGCCCUCGGCAUGAGCUCAAGCGCUCCUACUCCAUGGAGCAUUUCCGCUGGGGAAAGCCAGUGGGUCGCAAGCGCAGGCCUAUCAAGGUGUACACCAACGGCGUGGAGGAGGAAUCUGCCGAGACUCUUCCAGCUGAGAUGAGGCGUGAGCUGACCACCAACGAGGUCGACUAUCCUCAAGAGGAGGGUGCUUUAAACCAGCAGGAUAAGAAGGAUGGCUCCUACAAAAUGAACCAUUUCCGCUGGAGUGGCCCGCCUGCUAGCAAGCGCUAUGGAGGCUUUAUGAAGUCCUGGGACGAGCGCAGUCAGAAACCCCUUCUCACGCUCUUCAAAAACGUCAUAAACAAAGAGCACCAGAAGAAGGACCAGUGAGGGGGUUUUAAUGGGAGAAUUGGAUAGGGGAUUGUUUUUAAUAUACUUUCUUCCCAGCAAUCUUAUCAUGCAUAGUAAACAAAAAGAGGGUGGUUGGUGUUACCAGUAGCACUUAAUUCUUGAUGCUUAGAGUUUAUUCACAUUGUAUUCAACAAUAAAUUCUGAAUUCUGUACAUAGAAA